AUGCUCACUUUUCGAAGACCGUCCUUCUUCGACCCUUUUUUUUUCUGGGGCCAGUCCGCAAUGUACGUAGACCAUCCUUCUUCGUCCAUUGAGGACGAGCGAGAAUCCACAACGUCCGAAGCCGAUCCUUCUCUGAACAUUUGCUCACUUUUCGAAGACCGUCCUUCUUCGACCCUUUUUCUCUGGGGCCAGUCCACAAUGUACGUAGACCAUCCUUCUUCGUCCAUUGAGGACGAGCGAGAGUCCACAACGUCCGAAGCCGAUCCUUCUCUGAACAUUGUUCACUGGCGCCAGUCGACAAUGUUCGAAGAUCCUUCUCUGAACCCUUCUUCACUGAACAUGCCUGGUAUCACACUUUUCGAAGACCGUCCUUCUUCGACCCUUUUCUCUGGGGCCAGACGAGCGAGAUCCACAACGUCCGAAGCCGAUCCUUCUCUGAACAUUGUUCACUGGCGCCAGUCGACAAUGUUCGAAGACAACCCUUCUUCGAACAUUGUGACUGGUAUCAGUGCUCACUUUUCGAAGACCGUCCUUCUUCGACCCUUUUUUCUCUGGGGCCAGUCCGCAAUGUACGUAGACCAUCCUUCUUCGUCCAUUGAGGACGAGCGAGAGUCCACAACGUCCGAAGCCGAUCCUUCUCUGAACAUUGUUCACUGGCGCCAGUCGACAAUGUUCGAAGACAACCCUUCUUCGAACAUUGUGACUGGUAUCAGUGCUCACUUUUCGAAGACCGUCCUUCUUCGACCCUUUUCUCUGGGGCCAGUCCACAAUGUACUGCUCACUUUUCGAAGACCGUCCUUCUUCGACCCUUUUCUCUGGGGCCAGUCCACAAUGUACGUAGACCAUCCUUCUUCGUCCAUUGAGGACGAGCGAGAAUCCACAACGUCCGAAGCCGAUCCUUCUCUGAACAUUGUUCACUGGCGCCAGUCGACAAUGUUCGAAGACAACCCUUCUUCGAACAUUGUGACUGGUAUCAGUGCUCACUUUUCGAAGACCGUCCUUCUUCGACCCUUUUUUUUUCUCUGGGGCCAGUCCGCAAUGUACGUAGACCAUCCUUCUUCGUCCAUUGAGGACGAGCGAAAGUCCACAACGUCCGAAGCCGAUCCUUCUCUGAACAUUGUUCACUGGCGCCAGUCGACAAUGUUCGAAGACCUUCUUCGAACAUUGUGA